GUUCGCAGAGCUGCUACUCAGGUCUCCGAGAGCCAUGUGAAGUGUGCGCCCUCUCGAGCCAUUUUGCAGGCACUUUGUAGACCGGAGAAGAGAUCGAUUCUUUCCUUGGCUUCCUUCGUCGUGGCGGGAAGUCGCGAUGGCGGGGCAUAAGUAUGUGACGGAGUUGUACCGCAAGAAGCAGAGCGAUGUGCUCCGCUGCUUGUUGCGCAUCAGAUGCUGGCACUACCGCCAAUUAACGAAGAUUCAUCGUGCCCCCAGACCGUCUAGGCCCGAUAAAGCUCGUCGUCUGGGUUACAAAGCUAAGCAAGGUUUUGUCAUCUUUAGAAUCCGCGUGCGCCGUGGUGGUCGCAAGCGCCCAGUCCCUAAGGGCGCGACCUAUGGCAAGCCUAAGAGCCACGGAGUCAACCAACUGAAACCUACGAGAAAACUGCAAUCGGUUGCCGAGGAACGUGUCGGACGCCAUUGCGGUGGCUUGCGAGUACUGAACAGUUACUGGGUAGCCCAAGACUCUUCAUACAAAUACUAUGAAGUUAUUCUGGUUGAUCCUGCCCACAAGGCAAUACGUAAUGAUCCUAAGGUGAACUGGAUAUGCAACGCGGUGCAGAAACACCGUGAACUUCGUGGCAAGACCUCUGCUGGCAGAAGCUCGCGUGGAUUAGGCAAGGGACAUCGUUACUCGCAAACGAUCGGCGGCUCACGUCACGCCGCAUGGAAGAGGCGAAACACGCUGUCGCUUCGCAGGAAGCGAUAAUUAUUUCAUUUCUAACUACGUCGUACAUACAAGAUACAUCAUUUUAUUGCCGCGUGUCAUGCUGUGUCAAUAUCAUGACGUAUCCUGUAAAAAAAAGAAUAAAUACUUCUUUCCUAAAAAUUGUAAAACUUACAGGAAUCCAUUUUCUUUUUUUUUUCUGCGCUUUAGAAAUCUUACAGCGGUACAUGUGAAAUCUUUAAUUCGUUAAACAAUUUCAUGAUGUUUUACUAGAGGAAAAGUUACCGAACUGUACGUAUUGUAUGUGAUAUAACAGUAAUAAUGGGUAAAAAUUCU